AUCAAUUCCGUCAUCUCUCUCGUCAUCUCUCGCCUUACUGCGCGCUGUCUCUCGCGCUUCCAAACCUAAACCCUUUCUCUCUCUUAUUUUCCCCCCUUCCAUGGCUUCCGCAGAGAACGGUUCUUCUCAGGGGGAGCAACAGCAAGACCAAACUCAGGCCAUGGAGGCCUCAGCGGCUCCUUCAGAGCCAACUCAGCCUGAACAAGAGAAAGACAAAGCAUCAGCUCCUCCUGUUGCAGUGGCUCCUGAGAAGAAGUGGCCCGGCUGGCCUGGUGAUAAUGUUUUCAGGGUAAUAGUCCCUGUUCAAAAGGUCGGUAGCAUCAUUGGAAGAAAGGGAGAGCUCAUAAAGAAGAUGUGUGAGGAAAGCAGAGCUCGAAUCCGAAUCCUGGAAGGACCGGUUGGUACCUCCGAUCGUAUUGUUUUGGUAUCUGGCAAGGAAGAGCCAGAGGCUGCAAUAUCUCCCGCUAUGGAUGGUGUCUUAAGGGUGUUUAAGCGUGUGGCUGGAGUGAAUGAAGGUGAAGGUGAUGCAGCUCCUAAAGUUGGCUUAUGCUCAGUGCGACUGUUGGUUGCCUCAUCACAAGCUAUCAAUUUGAUCGGAAAGGGGGGAAGUCUCAUCAAAUCUGUGCAGGAAAGCUCUGGUGCAUCAGUGCGCGUCCUAUCAGGAGAUGAGGUUCCCUUUUACGUGACUUCUGAAGAAAGAAUUGUAGAAAUCCAGGGAGAGUUACCAAAGGUUCUCAAAGCUCUUGAAGCAGUUGUGGGACACCUCCGCAAGUUUCUGGUUGAUCACUCUGUCAUUCCACUUUUUGAAAAGAGCGUCACUACUUCAACUGUUCAAGAACGUGCCCCAGAGAGUUGGGUUGAUAGAACACAAGCUGUGGCCCCUGCUUCGCAAGUUGGAGUUGGUGCUGAUUAUUCACGGGGGUUGAAGAGAGAUUCCUCAUAUUUGGAGUGUGAUCCUCUGAUUGAUUCUCAACUCUCUGGGCUUUCUUCACUUUAUGUGCAAGAACCUGCUCUUACUGGCUUACGCUCUUCAGGAUUGGGACGCUCUGCUGCUGCUCUGGUCACUCAGAUGACUCAGACCAUGCAAAUUCCUCUGUCUUAUGCGGAGGACAUCAUUGGUGUUGGUGGGGCAAAUAUUGGGUACAUACGCCAAAGAAGCGGUGCAGUCCUCACGGUUCAGGAGAGUAGGGUUAGGCCUGAUGAGAUCACUGUGGAAAUCAAGGGCACUUCUCAAGAGGUUCACUCAGCUCAGCAGCUUAUCCAGAAGUUUUUAUCUCUUCAUGAAGACCCAUUGGCUGGAAGCUAUGGAAAAGUUGAUACUGGUCUGAGGCCAUACUCUCAGUAUUCAAGCUCCACUUACCCUUCAUCAUCGUUGACGACUCCAUCACUUGGUGGGUUUGGGUCCUCUGGAGUUAGUUAUGGUGGCUUCAGACUCUGAGGUAUCCUUUCUCUUCUCUCUCUCUCUCUCUCUCUCUCAUUAGUAUCCUAUUAGAGAGAGGACUAGGUUGGAAAUUCCUCCUUUUUUUAGCAGCAUCUAAAGUUCUCUUGCACUUGGGAUAAAAAACAGUUGUAUGUACCAUUGGGUUUCUUGUUUUGAGAUGACUUUGUUUCUAUCCCUCCCCCAAUAGAAGCCCCUAGUUUUGCUUGUGUUGCCUGAAGUCUGUUAAAGUGGUAAACAUCCAUUAUAAGCAGUUCUUUUUAAUGAUACCUUUUGGAUUAUGUUAAAAAAAAUUUAGAGGAAGUACCUUGAUUGCUGGAUAUAUUGAUAAUAUCAUAAAUCUGGUUUGACU